GAAUUUUUUCACGACAAUUCCAGCAGCUACCAUAAUCAUGUGAUAUUAUGAAUCUACAUUAGAAUUAUUUAUAUAAGAGUUUUCGAAAUUGAAUUAUUCUUAUUUUUAAAUUUACAUGUUUUAAAACCAUCAUGAAGUUUGAAUGUUUGGCAUUCGCAACAUUUUUAGAAAGUUAGUAUUUUGGAAGAUUUAACUUCCAGAUUAUGAAAUACUGCUUAGUUACAAAUUCAGUUUCAGGAAGGAAGCCAUUGGUAACAUGCUCUACAGUAAACGAUACUACAGUAAUAGCAAUAUUUGUAUCAAUACUAUCUUUUAUUAUCUACUUGAUAAAAAAGGUCAGCGAAAUCGAUGUGAACUCGCUAAAGGGUAAACCACACAAAUUAGUUACUAAUAAUGGACAAGAAAAGAACAAGGAAUUUGAAAAAUCUGAGUCGUCAACUACAAUAGAUUCAGAUUUAUUAUCAUCACCACUUGUAAACUCAAAAUUCAACCUGGAUUCUAUUGGAGAUGUAAAAGGAAUUGAUCAACAACAGCCUAUCAAAAAUGAAAUUAUGAGUUCAGAACGAUUAGAAAGAGACAUUUUGGUUAAUUACUGUCUUGUGAAUGAUUUUGAUCGUUUCAGUUUACUGAGAGACACUGAAAAGUACAAUGAUGUGAGCUCUGUGCCUUCCACAUCCACCUUGAGGGAGUCUUCAAAUGAAGUGACUGAUGAAGAAAUAACUGAAGGAGAGGGAAAAUAUGAUGAUAUUGGAAGGGUAAUUUAUAUCAAUCAAGAGCCGAUAUUGGAAGUUCCAAUUCGAGAUAAUUUAACCAAAGAAAAAGUGGAUAAUGUCAAAAAAGACGAGAGGAAAGCUUCCAAGCCCAUGGUAUCUCAAAACUUAUUUUCUAAAAGAAUAGCAAUUCAAAAGAACAAAACUAGACCGGAAGUGAAAAACUUCAAUCAGCGACUUACUGGAGGAAAUUUAGAAGAAGCAAAUAAAGCUUCUAAGAAUAAGGUAAUACAAAAAGUGGGAAAAAUCAAAUCUAUACAUGCUAUUUCAGAUCAGAAUUCAGUUGGCAGUUCCUCAUUAUCACUUUUUGGUGUGAGUGAUGAUUCGUUACCAAGUUACGAAAAUAGCAAAAAAUUUAGCGUACAGAAGGUGAAGAGGUGGCAAAUGCUUCCCAGAUUAUGUGUACACAGAAAGACGACUUCUCUCAAGCCGCAAAAGAAAAUCAUUGCUAAAAAUAAUUCAACAAUCAACAGCGUGAAUGAUAGUCAUUCUCAAUCGCAUAACACGAUCAAUCUUUCCAAACAAAUUACUCAAACAAAACGUUUAGACAGUCCAAAGUGUCACAGCUCUUCAAAUAUCCAAACUCGUCGAUCGAACAGGACCACCAAUAGUAGAAGAAUGCCAAUAAGAUGUCAACAACUAAAAAAGAAUUAUCAUGAUCGGAAGGCUGUAAAACUUGGAGAAAGCCGGAGUUUAUGUGCAAUAGGGUGCAUUGAAAAUCGUCAAAAAUCUUUGAGUUAUGAUGUUGUCAGCCAAAAAAUUAUGAAUGAGAUCAUCAACAUGACUGGUAGACUAAAAGAUCAUAAGAAGAGUUUAUUACAUGGUGACAAUUCACAGAAAUGGUUAAAUACGCAUCAAUCUCCAAGUGGUGAUAAUCCGAUCAAAGUGAAUGAGAAAUUAGUCAAAAACUUUAAUAAUCAGCCAAUUUCCUUGGGCUCUUUCGUGAGCUCCUGUGAUCUACGUCAGCGAAGAACUCCUGCAAAUGCUUCAGAAGAAUUGAAAAAUGAAUAUGAAAUCCUCCGGAAUAAACUUACGUCAAAAAUGAAAGAAUGCGAUAAACUUUUGUUGAGAAAUUUGAAAAGAAAAGUUUCAGAAAGUGUGAUUCCACAAGGUGAAAUGAACGAAAUAGAGGAGAAAAGGAAGAGAGAAACUAUUCCAAGCUCUGAGAGAGACAGUUUAGGAAUUUUAGAUGACGAAAAUAUUGAAAGAGACAGCAGUAAAAAGAGAAAUCAAGACGUUCAGGAUCUGAAUAAAAUUAAGAUAGUCACAAACAUUUUGAACUCAUUAUCAAAAACUAAAACAUUUUCAAGUCGUGAGGAUGUUUCAAAAACGAAACCGAAAGAAGAAAUAAAUAAUAAUAACUCCAGUGCUGAUGUCACACCUUCAAACUGCAAAAAGUCAGUUCUUAUGAUGGACGAAAAUGGCAAUUCAUCUGUAUAAUCAUGAAUAGUAAGACCGAACCGUUUUAUUAUCGGAUAAAUCCAAGAUAAAACUCAGCAAUUUAAAGUAUCACUCUCCAGACUAUUUUUUAUAAAAAGUUUGAAAUUAUAUGGAAGAAUUUAUUAUCAAACUAUUACUGAGAAUAUUUUUCAAAGAAGCAAUGCCGAUUAGGGAGAAAGAAGGUAAAUAAGAGCGUAAAGAAGUAUAAAGAAGAGCGUUAUGCAAGGCUCAAUCUGAUGCAAAUCAGAUUGUUUACUUUUCCCGCAAAACAUGCAGCAGUCUACUAAGAUAUACUAGAACUGUGAAGGUUUCUUCUAAAUAUGAAGGUAGAACAAAUGUAGUCUGAUGUUUUUGAAGAGAGCCUUGGAAAGUGAGAAACUUGAGCAUCUGUUAUCCCUUGUCAAUCAAGAAAAUUAAAAUUAAGACAUAAUACAGUCGCUCAAUAAAGAUCAUAGAAGCAGUCCCGCAUAAAAACGUAAUGAACUUUGUAACAUUGUAAGAUCAUCAGCAUCUUGAACCACUUGAUAUUACAGAACUAAAUCACCCAUAAUAUAUGCCCAUAUUAUCCAUAGUAAUAUAGUUAAUGUAGUUGAUAUAAGCUUUGAUAUGAUCUUUUACAGAAAAAUAAAAUUCAUAGCCAC